CCAAUCCCAAAUGAACCGCUGCUGCCUCACGGAGAAGACAGAGCAGAAGAGAGAUCCGCCUCAUUCCGCCGCUUCGGUCCGCCGCCACGCUCCGCCGCUUUAGCGCCCACUCCGGCUGCUCUACUGCAUCAAGUUUUGUGUUGCGGCACUGAGCCGCUCCGCUCUGUUCGAUUCUGCGUUUGUUCACAUCAUGGCCACCGCAUCAGUGGCGUUUAAGUCCCGGGAGGACCAUCGCAAACAGAUUGAAUUGGAGGAAGCGCGUAAGGCGGGGCUUGCUCCUGCUGAACUGGAUGAAGAUGGGAAGGAAAUCAACCCUCACAUUCCUCAGUAUAUGUCAUCUGCGCCUUGGUAUCUUAAUGCUGACAGACCUAGUUUGAAACAUCAAAAGAAAUGGAAAUCUGAUCCCAAUUACACCAAAUCAUGGUAUGAUAGAGGUGCUAAAAUCUUUCAGGCAGACAAGUAUCGGAAAGGUGCAUGUGAGAACUGUGGAGCUAUGACGCAUGAUUCCAAGUCAUGCAUGGAAAGACCACGGAGAGUGGGAGCAAAAUGGACAAACAAACACAUUGCCCCUGAUGAAAAGAUUGAAACUUUUGAGCUUGACUAUGAUGGAAAACGGGACAGAUGGAAUGGUUAUGAUGCAUCAACUUAUGCUCGAGUCAUUGAAAGGUAUGAAGCUAGAGACGAGGCUCGAAAGAAGUACCUGAAAGAACAACAACUGAAGAAAUUGGAGAAGAGCAACCAAAAUGGUGAUGAUACUGCUGCAAGUGAUGAGGAUGAAGAAGAAGAGGAAGAUGAUCUAAGGGUAGAUGAAGCAAAGGUUGAUGAGAGCAAACAAAUGGACUUUGCAAAGGUUGAGAAGCGUGUCCGCACAACAGGUGGUGGGAGUACUGGAACUGUGAGGAAUCUACGUAUUCGAGAGGAUACUGCAAAGUAUCUUCUUAAUCUUGAUUGCAAUUCUGCACACUAUGAUCCCAAGACUAGAUCCAUGCGUGAGGACCCACUUCCAGAUGCAGAUCCAAAUGAAAAGUUUUAUGGGGGUGAUAAUCAAUAUAGAAAUAGUGGGCAAGCUUUGGAGUUCAAGGAAUUAAAUAUCCAUGCUUGGGAAGCAUUUGAUAAGGGACAAGAUGUUCACAUGCAAGCAGCUCCAUCCCAAGCUGAAUUACUUUAUAAGAGUUUCAAGGUCAGGAAGGAAAAAUUGAAGUACCAAACAAAGGAAACCAUUAUUGAGAAGUAUGGAAAUGCGGCUGAUGAGGACAAACUUCCAAGAGAACUUCUGCUGGGUCAAAGUGAAAGGCAAGUUGAGUAUGAUCGUGCUGGUAGAAUUAUUAAGGGCCAGGAAGUAGCACUGCCCAGGAGCAAAUAUGAAGAAGAUGUUUACAUUAACAACCACACGACUGUUUGGGGCUCUUGGUGGAAGGAUCACCAAUGGGGAUAUAAGUGCUGCAAGCAGACAAUACGUAAUAGCUAUUGCACUGGUGCUGCUGGUAUUGAGGCUGCUGAGGCUGCAAGUGAUCUUAUGAAAGCUAAUAUUGCCCGUAAGGAGGCUGCUACAGAGGAUCCUGCACCUGUGGAGGAGAAAAGGCUUGCUACAUGGGGUACUGAUGUACCAGAUGAUCUAGUUUUGGAUGAAAAAUUGCUUGCUGACGCACUCAAGAAGGAGGAUCUACGAAAGAGAGAAGAAAAAGAUGAGAGGAAACGCAAAUAUAAUGUUAGAUGGAAUGAUGAGGUUACUGCAGAGGAGAUGGAGGCAUACAGGAUGAAGAAAGUACAUCAUGAUGAUCCAAUGAAGGAUUUUCUGAACUAAGCUUGGAAAUAAUUAAAAGACAUGUAUCACUUUGUUGAUUAAUGGCAAAAAGGCUUUCAUCUCUUUCAUUGCAAGUCCAUGACCCUAACUGUGUUUUCUUACUGCCAGUUGGACUGGGCAGGCUGAAUUAUCAGCUUUGUACCCUUGAUCCUUUGACCUGUAGCGAGAAAGAGGAACUAUUGUUGUUUGUACAGUUUUUAUUUAUUUAUUUAUUUAUUUUUACGGAUCAUUGAAUCAGUUUCAUUCUCCCAUUGUUGUUGUACAGUUUUUUUUUACGGAUCAUUGAAUCAGUUUCAUUCUCCUAUUGGGAGCA